CCAACGUGGUUUUUGGGGUGCAUAUGAUGUGGUUUUUGUAGUACAUUUGAAGUGUUCUAUAAAAUAUAAGUUAACAGUGAUGCAAUCAUCCUAAGAGCAAUUUAUUAUAACAAUCUUCUUCAAAAAAUUAAAAUUUAAAAAAGUUAAAAUUCUUAACAGUAAAGAAAUUAUUGUUAAAUUAGUUAAUGUGGUUUUUGGGGUGCAUGGCGAAAAAAAGAGUCAGCUUUAACAUUCGAGCAAAAGAAAACAAGCGAGACAUAUUAAACCAUACCUAUCAAAACGUUUACAACAGUAAUAGCUUAAAAAAUUUUGUUUUUCUCAAAAAAAAAGUUUUAGGCUCUGCUACUUUUAUGUGGUUUUUUCGGUGCAAGCACCUGUAGUAUUUAAUUUGAAAUAAAAGACCAAUUUAAGUCUGUACGUUCUCGUACAAAGAUAAAUAGACUAAAGGCUUUUAAUAGACGUUACUCGUUUACAUUUAAAUUAGCGCUCGCACUGAAAAUGUCAACAUUGCAAAAUAAACAGUAAACAUUUGCUAAUGUCACGAGAGUCUCUUACAACUAAGCACAGUGGUUAGUAAAGUGUCAAGUAAUGUGUUGAAAAUAACUACCAUCGAAUUCUAAAUGGAAUUGUUAUCCGGAUUUUAAAACGUUAUAUGUUCCAAGUGAUUUAGGUUUCUACAAAAAAAUGGAAAAUGGUCUAUUUAGCAGCUUAGUUAAAACUGAAGUGUCUAGAAAUGAAUUGACUUCUGAUGAAUUUAUUUCAAAAUGUUGUGGUGAAAUAAGCUAUAAUAUUGGAAGUGAUUGGUUGCGAUGGGGAAGACACCUCGGUCUAAGUGAUUCAGAUCUUGAUAACAUUGACUCUGAUAAUACAAAAUGUUAUGAAAAAGCUGAUAAUAUUAUUAAAAAAUGGAAACAAAAAAUUGGAAAUCCUUCAUGGGAGCAAUUAAAAAAAGAAUUAAUGGCUUUUAAUCGAUUAGAUAUUGUGAUUAAAAUUGAAACAAAAUUUGGAGAGAUUUCAAGUUCACCAAACAAAGAUUUCACUGUUUUUUCCAAUAAAGAUUCUUCAAAUACACCUGAUAUUGCUAGCAAAAUUUAUGUCAAGAAAGAUAUAUCAGAGAUUUGCGCAGCACUGAAAAACUAUUAUCUUGUAAAUUAUGGAAAAAUAAAUGAAGUUCAACCACUACUAAAAACACCUGCAAAUGUUAAUCUGAUAAAUACUUUUGUUGAUCUUUGUAUUGUUGAUGCAGUGAAUACUCAAUUGGAUUUUGUUUUCAGUGUUGAACGAAAAGAAUUUCUUGAAAAGCAAAAGAGUUAUACACCAAUUCCAUAUAGUGAAAUAUUUAUGAAAGAAAAAUCAGUAAUACUAAUAUCUGGAAUAGCUGGUAUUGGGAAAACAUGGUUGCUCAGAAAAUGUUUACUUGAUUGGUCAAAUAAUUUAAUUUGGAAAAAUGUUGAACUUGUUUUUUAUUUAGAAUGCAGGAGACUUAAUCAACAUCAAAAUAUUUCUAAUAUUAAUGAUUUAUUAAAUGUUUUCUACAAUGAUAUUUUAAACGAUUUUAAUAUUAGUAAUCAUACUGCACUGUUUAUCAUUGACGGAUUAGAUGAGUUUAUAUAUUUCAAUGAAUUAUUAAAUCCAAGUUUUAACUACCCAGUUGUUAAUACUUUAACAGAUAUUAAAAAAUAUAAACAUGUAAUUGCUGGUAGAGUUUAUGCAAUUGAUCAAUACCAAAGUAAAUAUACAGAGCAUAGUGACAAGUCAAUUAUUCAAAUAAUGGGUUUUAAUGAAAAUGGAAUCAACAAUUAUAUAGAAAACCAUGUUAAAGAGGAAAAAAAAGAAGUUGUAAAAACAACUUUAAAGGAUUCGCCUAUUGCAAAAGCCAUGGCAUCUGUUCCAUUUUAUUUAUCUUCAAUGUGUAAAAUUAUUAGUGAUUCAAAUAAAAUAUAUACAAAUUCAUUCUUAACUAUGACUGAUUUAUAUGCAAAUAUUUUUUUAUACUUUUUGCAAAAACACAUCAUGAAAAAUGAUAAAUUGAUAUAUGAGAUAAUGGAAGACAGUUUUAAUAAAAGAUAUAUUUUAAAUAUUUGUAAAAUUGCUUAUGAGUUGUUUAUUAAAAAUAAUAUAAUAUUUUCCAAAAAAGAUAUUGAAUAUUUUAUCAGCGACUUUGAUCAAAAUGAUGGUAAUCUUUUUGGAUUUAUCGAAAAAGUUGAGACAAAUGUAGGCUGUUAUUAUCAAUUUGCGCAUUUGACAAUAAUGGAAUUUUGUGUAUCUGUAUAUGCAUAUAAUUGUUUAAGUCGUAAAAAAAUUAUGGCUAAUGAAAAGCUAAGAAGUUGUUUAUCAAUGAUUUGUGGAUUAACUAACAGUAAAAGCCAAAAUAGUUUAUUAAAGUUUCUUGUUAACCUAAAUCCUUCAAAUGAAUCUUUACCUUGGUUGUCUAUUUUUGGAUAUUUGUUCCCUGGGUACAGAACGAUUGGUAGUACUGGAUUACUAUGGAUUUUAGAUCGUCUAAGUAAAAGUGAUGAUAUUAAAGAUCGCUAUGAUUUAUUCAUUGAAUGUUUUUAUGAAAGUCAAUCAUCAUUUAAUGAUGAAAUUAAAUCAAUUGUUGAUGAACGAAAACGAGGAGAGAUAUGGUGGAUUUCGAUUGACGAUGGAAAAACUUCUUACUUAACUUCUUGCAAAAAUUAUUUCAUAAAUCAUUACGUAAAAUCUGGAAGAAAGUUAUCGUGGUUACAAGUUCAUAAUGUUUAUAAAGAUAUUUUAAGUGAUGAAGAAAAAAAACUUUUAAUACAAUGUUCAACUAAUGUUCGCCAUGUCAGCUUUUUUAAUCCAAUUAAUUUCGAAGGAUGGAAACCGAAAGAUAAGAUUGAAGAGUUGCAGAUUUGGAUCCCAUUAGAUUUAAUAACAAAAAAAGAUUUUGAAGAAAAUUUUCUUCCGUGGAUUAAUCUUUGUAAAAAAUUAUAUCUUUGGCUUCACGACGACAUUGAUUUUAUUAAAGAAUUUUAUGAAUGGAUUCGUUGUUUGAAUGUCAAGAAGUUUGAGAUCAAGUACCGUGGAAAAUAUUUUCGUAACUUCGAUGAAUUAAAAAACUUUACAACACGAUAAAAUAUUUAAUACCUUAAAUAUAUUAAAUAAAAACAAUAACUAUAAAUAACUAAUGAAAUAUUUAAUGUAUUAUUUUAUAAUAAAUACGUUUUUA